AUGUGGUUGAAGCACCAAGGAAUAUUCCUUCAUGAAUUCAUCCGUCUCAAAGGGAGAUGUGGCCAAGCUGGCGCUCAGUCUUGCUUGGAAUGUAAUCGUCCCAGCCUGGAGUACCGGUGUGAAGACUGCUUAGGGUCAGAGCUUUAUUGCACAACUUGCAUCUUGUCGGCCCAUGUGCGCCACCCACUUCACCAAUUGCAGAGGUGGAACGGUCAAUACUUUGAGCAAACCUCACUGAAAACCCUGGGCCUUCGCAUCCAGCUUGGCCACACCACUGGCCAGAAAUGUCUUAAUCCUCAGCGUGCAUUUAACGACAAUUUUGUCGUUGUCGACACCCGUGGUAUCCAUGAAGUGGCCCUUGACUUCUGCAAUUGUGCAACAGCUGAAAGCCACGUGCAGCAGCUGCUUAGAAUAUCCUGGUUUCCUUCGACAACAUCAGAUCCAAAAAUGGCCGCAACAUUCUCUGUUCUUGAGCAAUACCACUUACUCUCUUUCGAGUCAAAAAUAUCUACAUAUGAGUUUUAUCACGCGCUCAGGCGGAUGUCCGAUAACACUGGCCUACUUCCUGUCAAGGAUCGAUACGAGUCGUUUUUGCGAAUGAUACGCGAGUGGCGCCACUUGAAGAUGCUUAAGCAUUUGGGGCAAGGUCACGAGGCUAGUGGUAUAGAUGGGACAGCUGAGGGUGAAUGUGCCAUAUUGUGCCCAGCGUGCCCACACCCAGGGAAGAACCUUCCAGCGGAUUGGAAAGAUGCCCCUCGACAAAUGAUUGCUGAUAUAGGUACUGUUGGGUGGUUAUACGGAUUAUUCCUCGCGAUUGAUGCAAAUUUCCGGUUAAAACGCAAGGCUGUCUCAAAUGACAAUGUUGACCCAAGCCUGAGUCAUGGCUGGGGUUAUUUCGUGGAGGAAGAUGCUUAUAAAGGCUUCUUGCAUGACAGUGUGGACAGCAUCCAAGAGAAAUCAACGUGUUCAAGUCACGCCGCUGUAAACAUGGCUGAUACAAAAUCUAACCGCGGACUCGCCGUUACUGGUUUAGGUACAAUCGAUUGUGCUCGCCACAACAUGAAAAGGCCUAAUGCAGUGGGGGAUCUCCAAAAGGGUGAAAGAUAUAUUAAUAUGGACUAUCUAUUCUUCUCGACACUUCGCCAUACCGUACUCGACACUCUCAACGUAUCCUAUGAUAUCGUGUGCCAGUGGCACAAAAGAUUAUGGCACCGUAUGAGUGCCUUUCCGUUUUCAAUGCACCUCUCACAUACUGUCAAGACCGUCUCAUUUUUUGUGCCCAAGUUCCACCUACCCGCUCAUAUCGAGCAGUGCCAAACCUCCUUCUCGUUCAAUUUCAAGAGCAGGGUAGGAAGGACCGACGGAGAAGCGCCAGAACGUGGCUGGGCUAAUAUUAACCCUGUUGCUUCAAGCACGAAAGAAAUGGGUCCUGGUGCACGGCGAGACACCCUUGACGACUACUUCGGAGACUCGAACUGGAAAAAACUUGUUGGACUUGGUAGUACUAUGCUUCGCAAGAUGAAGGAUGCAUUGCCGGAGCGAGAGAACCAUCGUGAAGCAUUCGAGGACCUUGAUGAUGGCUUGCGAGGCGAAUACGGUGCCACCCUCAAACAGUGGAGAGAACAGGUGGAGGCUUGGGAGCGUGACGCUGCACAGCCCAAUCCUUUCGAACGAAAGGCAGAAAGUAUCACUAUGGCUUCUGUACAACUGGAGCUGGCUAGGGAGGACCAGAUUGACCUUCAAACAGGGACUUACCUUGCCCUACACGAGGAUUGCACUCCCAGUGUAUUAAUCAGCACUGGCUUAGAACUCGAGGAACAACAACGGCGAAUGAAAGCAGACAGAGCUGACCUCGGAGUCCACGCGACGGACAAUCAAGAAGGAAAGAUGCUUCAGCGAAGCAACACUCUCCGACGGAGGAUUGACACCUGGGGGAAAAUGCAGGAACUAUACAUGCCUUAUCUAACAAUGUGGCCGCUGCACCAGAAGCCAUCAAGUUGUGGCUGCCUGUCCCAUAUUAGCAGGACCUCUCCUUGUGACACCCGUCUCCAAGCCAUUGAAUGGAAGCUGCGGUAUGGGCAAGCUCAUGACGCCCUCCGUUCUCUACAUUCGAACUUACGUGCUCUGACUGCGAUCCUCAAGUAUAAGGAUCGGCACCUUCGUGGGCAAGGAGCGAACACACGGGCACGGAAUACAUUGAAAGCCGUUGAAGCAAGGAUCGAGGCCGCUGCCAGCACUUACGAGCAUGCACACCGAGCUGACAUCCGCUCGAUGACAGACAUACUAUGGGGAGAAUCGGAGGGAACGAGAAAGCUGUCAUGGAUUUGGAGUAUGCGGGGAGCAGCUCCCAACGAGAUGGACAAUGACAAUACCUUGGAAGACAUGCGAAUAGAGUGGUGCAAAGCCCGGGCACGGGCGAUGCGCUGGGCAGAAGAGGUGGAAUUGUUGAAGGAGGAGAUGCGAAGGAUUCUGCAGUUUUUUGAGUGGGAUGCGCAGCGCUGGGACGAGCGGGGCCUGGGAAACGCACUACAACUUGACGAUGCAGAUCAACACGAGGGACAGAUGGCGUAUGCCAAACGUCAAGCCGUUUUACGUCGAAUGCUUGCCGAGUCUUUCAAGACCAGCUGGGCUGACACCAUGGCUCUGCAACAGCAGGCACAAAAAAGAGCAAAGGCUCGAAAUGGCAACAGCGGGCGCGAGACAAUGGGCGCACAAAAGCGGGAGGAGGGCGGCAUGCGGGCGCACAAAAGCAGGAGGGAUGCGAGGAGGGCGGCAUGCGAGAAGGCACCGAGGGCGGGUGGGAUGCAUGAUGCAUCACAGUGCAUCAACCUGGAGGACUGA